CGCUCGAGGAUGAAGGUAGGUCUUCCUUGGCCCCUUCCCAGACCUCCUAGAAGCAGACUCGAAAGACCACGCUCAUUCCUAGACAGCAUGAUUUACAGCCGAAUCACCAACGACGAGCGGCCUCUCCGGCGCAUUGUCAAGAAACUCCACACGUACUCGUCCUGCGCGCACCCGACGGAGCCCCCUCUGCCAGGCGCGGACCACUCGGAUGCCAUGGUCGAGGGCGCGCGAGAGGCCUUUCUGCUCGAGCUCAGCUCCUUCCAGCUCUCGCUCCAGAAGAGUCUCAUGGUAUGCGAGGCGGAGGCGCGGCAGGUCGAAGAGUACCAGAAGGAGCGCGAGCGGAUAGAGGCGGAGCAGGUCGCACUGCGGAAUCAGAUUGAAGAGCUCAAAGUAGCGCUGGAGCUGGCACACCAGGAGCGCCGGCGGAAGGUGGAGUACGACCAGAUCGCAGAGAGGGUCAAUACGCUGCCGAGCAGGGACGAACUCGAAGGUGCGAUACAGGCCCUCGAGAAUGACAUGGCAGCAAUACACGCGGAGCACGAGACGCAGGAUCGCAUAAUACGAAGCCAAAAAGCCGCGCUCGACACCGUCGUGUUGGACCUUACGUCACUGCGCAUCCUGGGCAAAGACAAGGACGCUCCGCUCUCGCAGGCCAACUCUCCUGCCCCGACACCAGCGCCGGACAUGCUGGAUACAGACGACGGGUUGAGCAAGGGCCCCGGUUCCAUCGAGGCUGGCGAGUUGGAGGACGGCAACUCCGUCGAUACUUCGCUCUCUAGGCUUAAUCCCAACGCGAGAGAGUUCAACCUUAGCCAACGAGGUUCGUCGUCAGCGCUGGGGGAUGACAUAGAGAUGGGCGAGCUUGCGGAGGACUCGGUGCCGGCCAAGGGCAAAAAGAAAAGGCAUGAGGAACUCGAGGAGGGCGAGGCCAGUGAUUCGAAUAGUUCGCUCAGUGAUCCCCCAGGCGAAUAAUAUAACUUAGUGAUAUUACGAGCUGCAUAUUAUACUAUGCC